AUGGCCAAUGAAGCCCAGUGUUACUAUUGUUUCGAGACUUUAUUCGCUUCAUUUGAGGACCGCGAGCCCGCCUCUCUGGCUGCCGUAGAAGCCCUCUGGGAGCAGCAUGAGCAAUCGAAGAAGCUCUCGAGCCUCAAGACAGCUCGCGCAAGUGGCUCAACCUCAGACGAGGAGGGGGAUGACACAGAAGAGUCUGGUCCGCCAGGCCCAGUAAAUGACGAUGAGGACAACCGACUGUCAGGCAAUCAAUUCAAGGGCCUCAAGCUGCCCAGUGUCAGUCGCCUUCAGAGCCAAGUCUCGUCUGACUCGUCCAGCGCAGCAACAACCCCCUCUUGCGCGUCAAAUACGUCGUCCAACACGCAGCUAUCUAGCUCAACCGCUGUGACAACGCCGGGUUCGCAAUCAGAUGUCUCUGGAUCACGAAACAGACCUGCGAACCAAAAAUAUCCGUUGUUUGUGACGUGGAAUACCUUUUCCAGGAGUGGAUCCAAAUCCCUGCGCGGCUGCAUUGGUACCUUCGAGGCGCAAGAUCUCGCAGAAGGACUGAAGUCUUAUGCCUUGACCUCGGCCUUCCACGACACGCGCUUCUCACCAAUCCCUAAAUCUCUUCUCCCUUCUCUGUCAUGCUCUUUAACUCUGUUAGGAUCGUUUGGGCCUUGCACAAACGCCAUGGAUUGGGUCCUAGGUACUCACGGCAUCCGUAUCUCCUUUGUCCAUCGCGGCCGGCGCUAUGGGGCAACGUACCUUCCCGACGUUCCCGUUGAACAGGGCUGGACGAAGGAAGAAACGGUUGAGAGCCUGAUGCGCAAAGCCGGCUGGGACGACGGUGUUGGCAGCGUUGCACGAAGACUGCUUCGGACCUCUGGAGGGACCUCCAAUUCCGCCAAGCCUUGGGAGCAAGUAUCGGACUUCCGAACUGUCAAGUAUCAAGGCCUGAAAGCGAGUGCAAGCUACGAGGAUUGGCAGGAAUGGCGCAAGUGGGUGCUUUCUCUAGACGAUGGUCAGGAUAUUCUUAGCUCGACCUAA